AUGGCAUCGAUCUUCACAUACGACCCAGAUCCUCCUCGGGUGGCUUCGCCAUGGCUACAGAGCGCAGAUGCCAGCGGUUUGGAUCCGGCAGGCCAAGAGAUCGAUGUUGCUGCGUUAUCGCUAAAAGAAGGCGCACAGAACGGCAAGCGAGUUACAAGACUCCAGGCAGAGCCACAAGAAGGACCUGUUGAAUACAAGUUGCAUUUACUCCUCCGUCCACGCCGGAAGUUCAGGUCCACGAGCACUGGUAGUCACAUAUCCGGCUCCAAACAUUCCAAGUUGUCAAAUAACUCAACAACUCGCAGUGCUUCUGACUUCAGCUUCGACGCUGCGCCGGCUUUGGGCACAUCGACACCUGCUGCACUUCCGCUUCAGACGAGACAACAUCGGCUCGAGCAGCUCACUACGCAACUACUGUGGCGUCUGCAGCAAUCCUCGCCACAUCAUACUUCUUCAGCGACUAAUAUCAUUCUGCCGUCCUUACCAGAAGCUCUUCCUGAACUACAGGCUCCACAGCAACCAGCCAAGCUUCUGCAUGGAUUGGAAGAAAGCCAGGGCGCAUUGUAUGAGAUUGGCGUUUCUGAUGACGGUACUCUUGCUGGGCUGGCAGAGGAUGAGAUGGCGGAGAGUUUGAACAACCUACGUGCUAUGGCGGCGUGCUUGGGAUGUACUGUCGAGGUGCUCAGAAGGGAAACUGUUGGUGAAUGCGAGUGGUUGGAAGACUCUGUUGUGGCCCGAAAAGAGCGCAAGAUCCGUCGAUCGGGCAAAUUGGUCGUUACUGAGGCUCUCAUCAAGCCGUACCUUCAAGUAGGAAGCCCGCAAUUGCAUGGGACAGAUGCAGGAAACGGCAAUACGUUGACCGCACUGCCAAGUGCUGCGGAACUUGCACCUGCAACAACUGAGCAGCUACGUAUUACAUUGACAGGGCCGACCAUGUCUGGCAAAUCCACUUUACUGGGAACACUGACCACCUCAACGCUUGACAAUGGCAGAGGCAAAAGCCGACUAAGCAUGCUGAGACAUCGGCAUGAGAUCAAUUCAGGAAUCACCAGCUCGGUCACUCAAGAACUGCUAGGUUACCAAGACACGAGCGACGGCGAUGUUGAAGUUGUCAACUACGCCAAUGAGGACAUCGCAUCAUGGAUUGACAUUCACGCAGCAGCAGCAGGGAGUCGCUUGGUGUUCAUCUCAGACUCCGCGGGCCACCCACGUUACAGACGGACUACACUGAGGGGCUUGGUAGGAUGGGCACCUCAUUGGACACUGCUUUGCAUACCUGCGGACGAUAGCGAAGAUUCUCCUGGAAAGACUGGCGGUACUCAUGCAUCUCAGCAGUCGCUCGGGACUGCAGUCCCUGAGAUGGACCUCACGGGCGCACAAUUGGAUCUCUGCCUGCGACUUGGUCUUCCACUUGUCGUGGUCAUUACUAAGCUCGAUCUUGCUUCUCGAAAUGGUCUACGGCAGAGUCUGACCAAAGUUCUAGAUGCUCUUAAAGCAGCGGGCAAGAAGCCAGCCAUCUUGCCGCACAAACCCGGCGGAGUUGCUGAACAAGAGCUGCAAUUGGUUCGCACUGCGUUACUUGAGACGGCGUGCAACACAUCUGUCCCUCUACUCAACAACACUCGCGAAACAGUGCCCAUUGUACUGACCAGCGCUGUUGAGGGAACAGGCAUCAGCAAUCUACACGCCUUACUGCACGAACUUCCGAUUCCAGACACGGAGAACGACGGGCCCGCUCACGAGUCGCUCGCGAUCUUCGACAUGGAAGACGUGUACAGCAAGCCGGCAGAAGUGGCAGGUGUAAUCGUCUCGGGCCAUCUUCGCCUAGGGCAAGUGGCUGUUGGAGACACUGUGGUCAUUGGGCCAUUCUCGUCUCACGAUCACCACGAGGACUCUGAAGACUCGGACGAGCGGCCACUGCGAAAGGCAGCUUCACCCUUGCCCACUUCGCGCUCAUUCCCCGGCGCACUGCGAGGUUCGCAUCUCAAUUCGCCGUUCUUUCAUUUGCCGAACCAAGAAUGGAGGCGCGUGACUGUCACGAGCAUCAGGAAUUUGAGGCUUCCCGUCCAUGCGCUCCAUACUGACCAAGUCGGCACUAUUGCGAUUUCUAUGGAGGAAGACAACAUUAAAACUUCGCUACUUUCUCGUAUCAGGAAAGGCAUGGUAUUGGCUGCGGUCCAGCCUGUCUCGACACGAACGUUCACCGCCAAGUUUAAGCGGGAAGAUCUGGAAUCACUCGCUGUUGGAAACCAUGUGGUGGUCUACAUAUCGAGUGUUCGCGCAUCCGCAAGAGUGGUAUCCGCGAGAGCACCGGAUUCCCCAGAAGCCUCGUACCACGACCGUCGACACUCCGACGGCACCGAUCCGUUCGCAUUUGAUGACCUCGAUAGCAAUCUCGAUGGACAGAGCGUCAAAGUGGCUGGUACAGUCACUGCACCGGAUUUGCUGGUCACCAUGUCCUUCGAUUCGUCAAAAGAGUAUGUCAUGACCGGCGACAAAGUCCUUGUGAUGCCCGGUGGUGGACCAGGGUUGUACGGCGGGACUGAAAGGGGUGAGAAAGGCUUAGCAGGGCUCGAGGGCUUCGUUGGAGAAAUCACAGAGGUACGCCCGUAA